GAUCCCAGAGUCCUGGACAGCAUGCUCCCGUACCUGACGGCCUACUAUGGCAACCCCCACUCCAGGACUCACGCCUACGGCUGGGGGGGGGGGGGCGCAAGGCGGCAAGUUGCAGAUUUAAUAGGAGCUGAUUCAAGGGAAAUCAUAUUUACCAGCGGUGCAACAGAAUCAAAUAAUAUGGCAGUUAAGGGUGUUGCAAGGUUCUAUAAAUCCAGAAAAAAGCAUAUCAUUACUACGCAAACAGAGCACAAGUGCGUGUUGGAUUCUUGCCGUUCCUUGGAGACAGAAGGUUUUCAAGUCACGUAUCUGCCUGUUAAAAAAAAUGGGCUCAUAGAUUUGAAGGAGUUGGAGGCUGCGUUCCAGCCGGAUACAAGUUUGGUUUCAGUAAUGACUGUGAAUAAUGAAAUAGGAGUGAAGCAGCCAAUUCAUGACAUUGGUGAGAUCUGCCGUGCACAUAAGGUUUUCUUCCACACAGAUGCUGCACAAGCAGUUGGUAAAAUUCCUAUGGAUGUCAACGACAUGAAAAUUGAUCUAAUGAGCAUCAGUGGCCAUAAAAUUUAUGGGCCCAAAGGGGUUGGUGCUAUCUAUGUUCGCCGUCGACCGCGCGUCAGGCUAGAACCCCUGCAAAGUGGGGGAGGCCAGGAGAGAGGACUGCGGUCUGGGACUGUGCCCACUCCUUUGGCAGUGGGACUGGGGGCAGCGUGUGAAGUGGCACAGCAAGAAAUGGAGUAUGACCAUAAGCGAAUCUCACAACUGGCAGAACGCCUGGUUACAAAAAUAAUGAGUGAAGUUCCUGAUGUGGUUAUGAAUGGAGAUAGAGAGCAUCGCUAUCCAGGAUGCAUCAAUUUAUCUUUUGCAUAUGUGGAAGGGGAGAGUCUUCUGAUGGCUCUGAAAGACGUGGCUCUGUCUUCAGGAAGUGCUUGCACGUCAGCUUCUCUGGAGCCUUCCUAUGUUUUGCGGGCAAUCGGAACAGACGAAGACUUGGCUCACUCAUCUAUAAGGUUUGGUAUUGGUCGUUUCACUACAGAGGAAGAAGUAGAUUAUACAGUGCAGAAGUGCAUACAGCAUGUUAAGAGGCUGAGGGAAAUGAGCCCGCUCUGGGAAAUGGUGCAGGAUGGAAUUGACCUCAAAAGCAUUAAAUGGACUCAGCACUGAGAAAGUGCCGCUAUCUAUGGACUAAACGUGGAUUAAAAUGCAUUUUCUGUACAUUCCUGAACAAAUUAUGUAGCACUUCUGGGUUUUGAUGCUUGCAAUUUGACUGGAAAACUACCCUUCCUGAUCACAAAGUCUAAGAAGCCAAAAAUGAGACUUUAUCCUGGAGAAAGGCAGGAUGAUAUAACACCCAUUGCAUUUAUAUUGACACACAGAAAUUUAUGCUAAAAUAUAAUUUAUUUGGAAAUGUAUUUUCUAAUAAGAAAAUUAAAUCAGUGUGUUACUCCUGUGCCA